AUGCAGAAGAACCUCAAUGAAACGUUUGCCAUGAGUUUGACUUUGGAACCUGCUGCCACAAAUGGUGCGCCUCUUUUGACCGAAGUCUUCACAACCGUGCAGCAGGUGAUCAAACAAGCUCAACGACGUGGACAUCUCACAGGCACACCCAUGAGUUUGGAAACGGGAUGGAAUUUUCUCAAUGUUUUGGAUCGAAAAGCUGCUUUGAAACAAAUUGAGAAAGAGAAGCCAUUUUUGGUUGUUCUUGCAUUUCCUUGUGGCCCCUGGAGUGCCUUGAUGCGUCUCAACCCUAGCAAGAACUUGGAGCAGCUGAGGGCAGAAGGCCGUGUGCUGAUCCAAUUUGCGCUUGAUGUGGCGCGCCUGCAAGCCAAAAAUGGGCGACAUUUUCUUUUGGAAAAUCCUGGAACUUCUGAAGCAUGGAAUUUGGACAUGCUGAUACGUUUCCUGGAGGAGAUCGACAGCCAUACAGCAAUUUUCGAUCAAUGUCGUUUUGGUUUACGAGGGCAAUCUGGACUUUUGCACCGAAAGACCACCCGCAUUGAAACAAGCUCUCCAUGUGUUGCCAAGCGUUUGGAUGGAAAACGUUGCCUCAGAGACCAUGACCAUGAGAUGAUCAUUGGGGGCAAGCAUAUCACAGGACCUGCCGGUCACUAUCCAGCGCAAUUAGCCAAAGAGAUUGUGCUGGGCAUUGAGGAAGAGUUUGAUGUUUCGAUGCGAAGCAAUGACGUUUUGGCAGUUGAUGAUGCUGAUGAAAAUGGAGAAGAACCUGAACUUGUGCCUGAUGCAGUGAACGUUUCCGACAGUUCUGAUGAUGAACAGGUCACUGCAGCUGGCGCUCCAAAAGUUUCUGCAGCUGUUAGGCAAGCUGUGAGCCGCCUCCAUACCAAUACGGGGCACAGGUCAAACCGCCGUCUCGCAAGGGCGCUGGUGAUUGCUGGUGCUCCAGCAGAAGUUGUACAGGCCGCCAAAACCUUGAAGUGUUCCAUAUGUGCUGAGCGAAAGAGACCCAAAGCUCAGCGUCCUGCAAGUUUGCCGGCACCCAAAGAUGUUGGAGAUCAAGUGCAUGUGGAUUUGUUUGAACUGUUUGAUAUACAUGACAAUCGGUUCUAUGUGGCUCACGCCAUUGAUUUUGUGAGUCGUUUCCAGAUGGCACAGGUCUUGCCGGACAAAUCCAGUGACUCAGUAGUGGAAUUUCUUUCUUCGCGUUGGCUGCCAAUUUUUGGGCCUCCAAGAGUGAUGAUUGCAGACCAAGGCAAGGAAUUCACGUCUUGGAUCUUCGAAGAACUAUGUGCCCGACAUGGAAUUUUGCUUUGGCAUUGCGCGGUUCAGGCACCGUGGCAAAAUGGUGUUUGUGAGCGUGGUGGUGGAGUGUUAAAAGCCUUGGCCACCGCAGUCAUCCGUGCACACUCUCUUUUGGGCCCCGAGGAGGUGGACAAAUCCGUGCAGGAAGCGGUGAUGGCCUACAACAGCGACGUUUCUGGCGAUAGCGGUGUGAGUCCCGCACAAGCUGCAAUUGGCAAACAGCCCCGCUAUGAAGGCGACGUUUUGGGCAAUUUUGUUCAUAGGGUUGUGAGCCACGGCAUUUUGGAAGAGCGACCUGGACUGGCGCGCCAAGUGGCUAUGCGAGAAACUGCAAAGCUGGCAAUGGUUCGCUUGCAUUUUUCCAAAGGCAUUCAACGUGCCGAAGUUGCCCGAAGCAGAGGGCCCACCUUCGAGCAAGAGCUGACUCCUGGGAUGAUUGUUUAUUAUUUUCGCCACACCAAGUACAACAACAAGACCAGUCAAUCCAAACGAAAACUUAGUUUGAAAAGAUGGCAUGGACCUGGUUUGCUUGUGGCGAUGGAAGGUCAUUUGAAUGCCUUCAUCAGUCAUCGAGGUCAACUCACCAAGGUGGCCCGUGAGCACAUACGCCCAGCCUCAACCAUGGAGCAGAUAGCAUCUGAGGUUUGGGGCGAUGCUGUGAAGGAAGUGGUUGAAGCUGCAAUUCAUGACAUGACCUUGCAUGGUAUGGAUGAUAAAACUGCAGAUGGUGCUCGAACUCCUGGAGGAAGACCUCAAGCUGAAGCGCCAAGCACACCCGCUUCAGCGCCAAUCCAACCUGCUGUUUUGGAACCUGCGGUUGUUGCUCAGCCGCUGACUCCUCAGGAGAUUGCCAAUGCCUUGCAGCCUGCCAGUCAGGGCCAAGCUGACUUGUCCCGCAGGACUAGUUUGCUGAGCAUGCCGGUUCAGCGUGGAACACCUGCACCCGGCACCCCCAUUGGUGAUUUGGUGCGUGGUGGUUCUAUGUCUUCAAGGAUGGCUGAAGCCGUUGGAAGACUUGCUGAAGCUGACCCAGAGGAUGUUGGACCCGAAGCUUCCCGAAAGAGACCUCCAGAUGUACAGGUUGAAGAGUUGCAGGACAAUCAACCUGCGUUUGAAACAAGGGUUAGAGCUGGCCCUGUUGCACCUGAAGCGGCGGCGCCCUAUGACGCCUUGUUGACAUCAGUGUUGAACCAAGGUGAACAUCCACUGAAGCUUCUUCAAGAACAAGCUGAACGUGAGAGACAGUCUCCUUUAGAGCAUGUGGUUCAUGACAACGGCACUUGGCAUGGAAUUUGGCCACUGCCUUCAAGGUCUGAGUGGAAUGCCCGGCGCAGCCAUGAAGUUGAUGCUGUGCAAACUGCGAGAAAGGAGUACAAAUGGAAGGACAUUCCAAAAGCUGACCGUCCUGCUUUCCAUGCUGCAGCCAAAGCCGGAUGGCAAGUUUGGGUAGACAAUGGUGCCGUGGAAGUUCUUUCAAAAGCUCAAGCUGAUGAAGUUCGUGCGCGUUUGAAGUCAACUGGCAAGCAGUCAUGCAUGUUGACCCCAAGGUUUGUUUACACAGACAAGCAUGACGGUUUGCGCACUCCUUCAAAGCCCCUUCCGCUGAAGGCGAAUGCACGAUUAGUCGUUCCGGGCUUCAGGGACAUCACAGCGUAUCUGGUUCGAAGAGAUGCUCCAACUGGCAGUAGGACCUCCCAGCAUUUUCUCCUCAUGUACACGGCCAGCAAGCGUUGGUUGCUCUACAGUGCAGAUGUCAAGAGCGCUUUCUUGAAAGGUGAAAAUUUUGGUCCUGACGAACGAGAGCUGUAUGUGAGCCAGAUCAGGGUAUCCUCUCCUGAUGAACCUCUUCUUCCUCUUGGUGAAGGUGGACUUGCAAGAGCCAAAAAGGGCAUAUUUGGUUUGGCAGAUUCGCCUCGCAGGUGGUACCUGCGACUGAACAAGUCCGUGACCAAGUUGGGAUGGGUGAGAUCAGAGCUGGAUGCAGCACUUUGGUUUCUUUGGAGUGAUGAUGGAACGUUAGAUGGCAUGCUGAUUUCACAUGUAGAUGAUUUGCUGAUGGGUGGAAAUGCACGAGCCCAUGAAUCACUUUUGCAACUUGGACGAGAGUUAGGUUUUGGAUCGCUGGAGACCGGUUCUUUCAACUAUUGUGGCAAACGAAUCCAGCAGUCCGCUGACUUCUCAAUCAAAGUGAACAUGGUGGAAUACCACGAGAACCUGAAGCAGAUCCCCAUGACUGGUGAGCGAAAGAAACAGCUCGAUCAACCUCUGACCCCAGCUGAGCACCGUCAGCUUCGAGGACUGCUUGGGAGCUUACAAUGGUUGGUUUCCCAAUUGAGGUUUGAUCAAGGUUUUUCGUUGUCAACACUCCAGUCUGAAAAGCCUGUUGUUGCUACGAUGUUGAAAGCAAACAGUUUGGUUAAGAAGGUAAAAGCAAGUUCUAAGUUUUCCCUGAACUUCAAGCCCAUGGACCUGGACAAGUGUGGCCUGGUCACAGUUUCUGAUGCGGCAUUGGGCAACGUUUCUCCAGAUGGCAGCAUUGGGGAAGAUGCUCUUUCUCGGGUGCAUAGCCAAGCGGCUUACGCCAUCUUGAUUGCGGAUGAGAACGUGCUGGCGGGCAAAGAGGGCAACUUUUGCUUGAUUGACUCGCGGAGUCAUAGGCUGGCAAGGGUGUGUCGCUCUACGUUUGCAGCAGAGCUCAUGUUGGCGGAGGAAGCCUUGGACUCAGGGGAAUUUUGUAGAGGUAUGUUUGCUGAGACGCGUGGCUACAGCGUCGACAGGCGCAAUGUGGAGGCCAGCAACAAUGUGAUCCCGAUGAUCCUGAUUGUGGACGCAAAGGAUGUGUACGACAAAAGCACAAGUGACACGCCAAGCUAUGGAAGCCAGAAGAGCCUUGCGUUUACGAUUUCCUGGAUUAGAUCUCAGCUGCGCCGACCAAAUGUGGAAAUCAAAUGGACGGCAACCCAGAACAUGCUCAUUGACUGCGGCACGAAGGAAAUGGAUGGUGAAUAUCUGAGAAAUGUCUUAGAGACCGGUAGAUGGUGUUUCAAGUACAGCCAGAAUUAUACACGGCAGGGAGCGAAACCUUUGAAGUCUGUAAAGAAUGCAUGCGCUCCUGUGCCUUCAAGCCCAAUUGGUCAACCGCUGGAAAGCGAUGACCCAAUGUUUGGACAUUUGCUCAUUUUGAGCGAGCAGCCAGGAUGGCACACAUUUGAUGAUUUUGGUGUGCACGUCGCCAAAGAUGCAAAGUCUUAUAGAUCCCCAAAGCCUCGUUUUGACCCUGUACAGUUUCCUAGGAGAUCUUCGUACGGACGAUUCACUGAUGGAGAAGGUCGAGCCUUUUGGAGGAAGUUGGAAGACCGAGUAGAACUAGCCAGUUUGAAGAGUUUUCAGGCCUUGCUAGGCGACCACAUGGCGGCUGAUCACGAGACCGCUACUGACAUGGCCGCUGCUGCUUCGCGACCUGCGGAAGAGCGCCCAGUGUUGCUUCUGGAAGAGCUGAAGGAGAAACGCGCAGAGUUGAAGCGGUCUCUGAAACUGGUGUCUCGCACUUUGAACAGAGCCAGCAGCGCCAGCAGGAGUUGUAGCUGCAAAACUGCACUACAGAUGUUUGGAGAAGGUUCAAGGGUGAACGCCUUUUGGUUCGCAAUGGCGCCAGAGAGCGUUAGGGUCCUCUCCGAAGGCGUCCCGCUGCUGUCGCGUGGCAAGGCGUACGAGGUCUCCAGUCGCCUCUUUGAGAGUGCUAUGGCAAACCCCGUGGGCACUGCAGUGGUGGUCAAUUCCUUCAAAAAGGCAGCUGAAGACUACCACCAGCGGCUGACGAAUUUGGGCCUCUGGACGUCCAUCGCCCCGGUGGACCGCGACUGA